AGCUUAUUCAGUGUCCGAUUCAGAUUGCGGCAAGGAUCCAAGCAUGGAAUGCUGCAGUUGGGCAACUGCUGGCACCCUGCUCCUGGCGUCUCUGCUCCUGAGUUCCAGAACAGCUCGGUCUGAAGAAGACCGAGAUACACUGUGGGAUGCCUGGGGUUCAUGGAGUGAAUGUUCACGCACUUGUGGAGGAGGGGCUUCCUAUUCACUCAGACGCUGCCUGAGCAGCAAGAGCUGUGAAGGGCGAAACAUUAGAUACAGAACAUGCAGCAAUGUGGAUUGCCCUCCAGAAGCCGGUGAUUUUCGGGCCCAGCAGUGUUCUGCUCAUAAUGAUGUCAAGUACCAGGGACAGUUUUAUGAAUGGCUUCCUGUCUCUAAUGACCCUGACAACCCGUGUUCACUGAAGUGCCAAGCCAAAGGGACAACCCUUGUUGUGGAACUGGCUCCGAAGGUUCUUGACGGCACGCGAUGCUACACUGAGUCACUGGAUAUGUGCAUUAGUGGCUUGUGCCAAAUCGUUGGCUGUGAUCACCAGCUGGGAAGCACUGUCAAGGAAGAUAACUGUGGGGUCUGCAAUGGCGAUGGGUCCACCUGCCGGCUGGUUCGAGGCCAGUAUAAAUCCCAGCUCUCAGCAAAUAAACCGGAAGAUACUGUUGUCGCUGUUCCCUAUGGAAGUAGGCAUGUUCGUCUAGUGUUGAAAGGACCUGAUCACUUACAUUUGGAAACCAAGACUCUACAAGGUGUGAAGGGCGAAAACAGCCUCAGCUCCACAGGCUCCUUCCUGGUGGACAAUUCUAGCGUCGACUUCCAGAAGUUUCCGGACAAGGAGAUACUGAGAAUAUCUGGGCCUCUCAGUGCAGACUUCACAGUCAAGGUCCGUUACGCUGGUGCUGCUGACAGCGCGGUUCAGUUUAUCUUCUAUCAGCCCAUCAUUCACCGAUGGAGGGAAACUGAUUUCUUUCCUUGUUCAGCAUCCUGUGGAGGAGGUUACCAGCUGACAUCUGCUGAGUGUUAUGAUCUGAGAAGCAGCCGGGUGGUGGCUGAUCAAUACUGUCACUACUACCCUGAAAAUAUUAAGCCAAAGCCAAAACUUCAGGAGUGCAACUUGGACCCUUGUCCUGCCAGUGAUGGAUACAAGCAGAUCAUGCCCUAUGACCUCUACCAUCCCCUUCCUCGAUGGGAGAGUACUCCGUGGACAGCCUGCUCCUCCUCGUGUGGAGGGGGCAUUCAGAGCCGCACAGUCUCUUGUGUGGAGGAGGACAUUCAGGGGCACAUCAGCCCUGUGGAAGAGUGGAAGUGCAUGUACACGCCAAAGAUGCCCAUUGUCCAGCCCUGCAACAUAUUUGACUGCCCAAAAUGGCUGGCCCAGGAGUGGUCUCCGUGCACUGUGACAUGUGGCCAAGGGCUGAGAUACCGUGUGGUUCUCUGCAUUGAUCACAGAGGGAUGCAUACAGGAGGCUGCAGCCCUAAAACAAAGCCUCAUAUAAAAGAAGAAUGCAUUGUACCCACUCCUUGCUACAAACCCAAAGAGAAACUUCCUGUGGAAGCUAAACUGCCAUGGUACAAGCAGGCACAAGAGCUGGAAGAAGGAGCAAUGGUGUCUGAAGAACCAUCGUUUAUUCCUGAGGCCUGGUCUGCCUGUAGUGUCACAUGUGGGGUGGGCAGCCAGGUGCGGCCUGUGAAGUGUCAGGUGCUGCUGUCUUUCUCGCAGUCUGUGGCUGACCUGCCUAUCGACGAAUGUGAAGGUCCCAAACCUGCAUCACAGCGAGCCUGUUACAGCGGCCCCUGCAGUGGGGAGGCUGCUGAAUCUAACCCUGAGGAAACCGAACUGAUCUAUGGGGGCCUCCAGGAUUUUGAUGAACUCUAUGACUGGGAAUACGAGGGCUUUACGGAAUGCUCAGAAUCCUGUGGAGGAGGUGUCCAGGAGGCUGUCGUGACUUGCUUGAACAAACAGACAAGAGAGAUUGCAGAUGAAACUCUGUGUGUGACCAGCCGCCGUCCUCCACAGCUACUGAAAGCCUGUAAUCUGGAGCCCUGCCCCCCAAGGUGGGAGAUUGGGAAAUGGAGCUCCUGUAGUCUCACCUGUGGAGUUGGACUGCAGACUCGAGAUGUCUUCUGCUCUCACCUCCUCUCAAGAGAGACGAAUGAGACGGUGAUUUUAGCAGAUGAGCUGUGUCAUAAACCCAAGCCCACCUUAGUGCAAGCCUGCAAUCGUUUUGACUGCCCACCAUCCUGGUACCCUACAGAAUGGCAACAGUGUUCACAGACCUGCGGAGCAGGCACUCAGAAGCGAGAUGUGCUCUGUAAGCAGCGCAUGGCAGAUGGAAGUUUUUUGGAGCUUCCAGAAACCUUCUGCUCCGCUCUGAGGCCAGUUGCCCAACAAGCCUGCAAAAAUAAAGACUGUCCCAGCGAAUGGCUUCUUUCCGACUGGACACAGUGUUCAGUGAGCUGUGGAGAGGGCACCCAGACUCGAAAUGCCAUUUGCAGGAAGAUGCUGAAAACUGGAGGUUCUAUCAUCAUCAAUUCCUCAAUGUGCCCACCUUUGCCUCUCUCUUCUUUAGUCAGGUCCUGUGCACUAGCAGCUUGCACAAGGCACAACAGGCCGGCUCAAAAGCAAAGCCCCCAUAUUAUGGCCCUGAAGAAAGUUUACAUCCAAACAAAGAAGCAGAAGAAGCUACACUUUAUUGUGGGUGGCUAUGCCUACCUGCUGCCCAAAACCUCUGUUGUCCUCCGAUGUCCAGUGAGAAGGUUCCGUAAAUCAAUGAUCACCUGGGAGAAAGACAACAAGCGACUCCUCAGUUCAAUUCACAUUACCAUUGCACCGUACGGGUACAUGAAGAUCCACCGUUUAAAGCCUUCAGAUGCUGGGACGUACACCUGCACAGCAGGGCCAGCCCGGGAACAUUUUGUGAUUAAACUAAUUGGAGGCAACAAUAAGCUCAUCAACCAACCAGCUGGGAUUAGAGAGGAAGAGGGUACAAGGAAGUCCAGUUUGAAUGAAGCCUUGCACACUCAGGAGAAGCAUCAGAAUGGGAUUCUCUUCAAUAGGAGCAAGGCCGAGAAACGAGGGCAUCUGGCUGAUCCUAGCAGCCAGUACGAUGAGAUUGUCUCAAGACUUCUGGAGCAGAGAGGCUGGCCUGGGGAAAACCUGGAAUCCUGGGAGGCUCAGGAGUCGACAGAGAGAAAUGCCUCUUCAGAGGAGGAGCAGAGUCAGGAGUACAGCCUUCCGUUUACCAUGGUCAUGGAGCAGAAACGCUUGGAUGAUAUCAUAAGGAAUUUGUCUCAGCAGCCUGAGGAACUUAAGGAUGUCUACAGCAAGCAGCUUGUUGUGCAGCUGGCUGAUGACAUCUUCAGGAGCCAUUUGGAAAAUCAAGAAUCUGUUUUCCAGGGGAGAAUUCUUUCAGCUACAGCAGAGUUCUCUUUCCGCAACCCUAUGUCUGGAUUCACCAGUUCCUUGAGAACGUCGUCUGCCAAAGCACACCUGCCUACUUCAAUGGAGGUGGGGAAUGGCUCACGCAGGCCCCAUCGAAAGCCUGCAAUCCUCAGGAAGAUUUCUGCAGCUCAGCAGCUCUCAGCCUCUGAAGUUGUCACCCACUUGGGACAGACAGUCGUCUUAGCCAGCGGGACCCUAAGUGUGCUGCUUCACUGUGAGGCUGUUGGGAACCCAAAGCCCACCAUUAGCUGGGCUAAAAAUGGAGCAGAGGUGCAAUACAGUGACAGGAUACUCCUUCAGCCAGAUGACUCUUUGCAGAUUCUAGCACCAGUGGAAGCUGAUGUGGGUUUCUACACCUGCAAUGCAACUAAUGCUUUGGGAUCUGACUCUGUCUCCAUUGCGGUCACUUUAGCAGGAAAACCACUGAUCAAGGCAUCGAGAGCUACGCUGAUCAACACAGAGUCCUCCGCUGUGACGGUUGACAUUGGAAGCACAGUGAAAACAAUCCAAGGUGCAAAUGUUACCAUUAGCUGCCAAGUUGCAGGUGUACCUGAAGCAGAAGUUACUUGGUUGAGGAAUAGGAUCAAGCUGGCCCCUGCCUAUCAUCUGCAUGAUGGCUCAUUGCUGAUUGCAAAUGUAACUCUGUCCGAUCAGGGGUUAUACUCCUGCAGGGCAGCCAAUCUUCGUGGGGAGGUGACUGAAAGCACACAGCUGCUGAUUCUUGAUCCCCCACAAACCCUCCUUCAAUUAGAAGAUUUGACAACAAUGCUUUUAAUCACGGGGCCGGAUAUUCCCUCAGUGCUGACCUCUCCUUCAGGAACAAGGAUGGUGCUAAAUCCUGGAAGUUCUGUCCUCAUCGGUUGCCCAGUGGAUGGUCACCCAACUCCAAACAUCACUUGGUUUUAUGCUGGUCAACCCAUCAGCAUGAGACAUAACAUCCUGGCAGCUGAUCAGAUUCUUCAGCUACUAAACAUCAGUGAUGGUUAUCAAGGUGAAUUCAGCUGCCUGGCUCAGAAUGAAGCUGGCUCACUUAUGCAAAAAACAUCUCUGACAAUCCGAGAAUAUUGGUGGUCAGCGGACAGACUGAUGGCAUGUUCGGCCUCCUGUGGUAACAAAGGAGUGCAGCAACCCCAGCUGAGGUGCUUACUGGACAGGACUGAGGUCAACGCAUCCCACUGCAUAGAGAAGCCCAAGCCAGUGCUACAGCCUGUUGCUUGUAACAGAAGAGACUGCCCUUCAAGGUGGAUGGUGACAUCCUGGUCCCUUUGUACACGGAGCUGCGGUGGAGGGGUCCAGACCCGACGUGUGACAUGUCAGAGGUUGACCGCUAUGGGCAGUUCUGUCCCCAUGUCAAAUGAGGCAUGUGCCCAAGUUGCCAAACGCCCAGUGGAUACCCAGAUCUGUAACAGGCAGCUGUGCAUGGAGUGGGUGGCUUCCUCUUGGGGUCAGUGUAAUGGGCCAUGCAUCGGACCACGACUAGCUGUACAGCACAGACAGAUUUUCUGCCAGACCAGGGAUGGGAAUUCUGUGUCUUCUGACCAGUGCGGUGCCCUGCCAAGGCCUUUGAGCACACAGAACUGCUGGACAGACAUCUGUGGUGUGCACUGGAGGGUCAGUCUGUGGACUCUGUGUACAGCUACCUGUGGGAACUAUGGCUUCCAGUCCAGGCGAGUGGAAUGCGUGCAUGUCCGCACCAACAAACCCGUGCCGGAGCACUACUGUUCCUGGAGGCCAAGACCUGCGAACUGGCAACGCUGCAACAUCACCCCCUGCGAAAAUAUGGAGUGCAGAGACACCACCAGGUACUGUGAGAAGGUGAAGCAGCUCAAACUCUGCCAGCUCACCCAGUUCAAAUCUCGCUGCUGUGGGACUUGUGGAAAAGCAUGAAGAUGAGAGCAAUUGAGAUAGGGAAUCAGAGGCAUCAGCCUUUGCUUCACUACAGGAAGGACUGUUACAAAACAAAUGGGACAGAAUUCAGUUUUCUUCAUUUUAUUUAUUUAUUUUUAUUUUUUAUUUUUUAACUUUACUGAAUCGUUGUUGUAAAGGACUUGGCAAGUUUUCCCUUCAGUGAGGCUGGGAGAUGGAAUGCAGCAAAGCACAGUCGUGGUGGGAGACCAAAAAGAAAGAGAAGACAAGCAACAUGUCGGGCCUAAGUGGAACAGAGCUGCCUAGGAAUCCUCGUACAGGCCUUGUGAUACACAUCAACCAGCAGAUGGGGAAAAACACCAAAGCAAAAACUCCCAUUAGCAGCAGAUCAGACCACCAGGGCAUGGAUCAAACAGCUUGACAGAUCAUGGACUACUGAAAAAAGGGAUUGAACUAAACAUUCAGCUAAGCAAUGGGCAGAGACAUCAUUUGCCCUAGAAGGGUUUGUUAACAUAAAUGUGAGGUUUUGGUUUUUUAAAACUGCUAUCCUAAAGCUGUAUUCCUGUUCUCUCUCUCCCUCUCAUGCUAAGAACUUAGGAUCUGAAAAAGAAGUUAAACAUUGUGCGAAAGCAUGAAUGAGUUUAAAAUACAUCUAAAUAAGUGCACCAAGUUUUUUCCCUCAACAUAAAAAAAUGAAGUACAGUAUUACGCAGAAAAGGAAAGUGAGUGACAGUGAUCUGUUAUUGACAGGCCACCGUGCAUACCUGCCAUCACUGCACUGUACAGAGCACUUAUAGGAGGGGUUGUAUAUAUUUGUGGCAACAAGAGCUACUUACCAUGCUGCAUCUUAACAUGAUUAAAAUGUAUCUGGGGAAGAGAGAAGCCUGAGAUCCCAGAGUUAUUGGGCUUUCAGAUCUGGGGUUUUGGUCUAUUUCUAACUUUGAAUUUGUAGAAAUGAUUUCUAUGUCCUGCCAGUGUGGAAUUUUUCUCUCAAUUACAGCCAGAUCCUCCAGUGAUAAUUAUUAAUUUAUCAAGAAGGAGAAUUCAGCUGCUCUGAUUCGUUAUAGUUCUUUCUGUCACGUAGACAUGCAGAAUGCUACAUCAUCAGCUUUGGCCCCAAAGUGGUAGCACAGAUUCCUAAAAGACACACAAAAAAGGUGGACCCUAGUAAGUGAAGCAGUUGUAGUCCAUGAAUAGAACUCUACAGUGAGAGGUGAGCUGAGAAGUGAGUGUCAGAUUUCACAUUCAUAACAUGAUUUUGCCUGCUCAUUGUGAUUCUCUCUCCUAAUUGCAUCGAUAAUCAAAAAUUAAGUGCUUCAUCCUUCAAGGUGCUAGGCAUCCUCAAGUCAGUGGAAAUCCAGGUUGCUCAGCACCUUGCAGAAAUCGUCCUGAACUACAAAGUUUGAAUUUGAACUUCCCCGAAGUUUGAGGGGAGAGGUGCCCAGAUCCGGAGUUUUGGUUUAGGACUAUCUCUAAAUGUAAGGUUUGGCUGUGCCUCUUGUAUCACCCCCAGUGGGACUCUCGUCUUUUGAUGCAGUAAUAAAACACUGUUCAAGUAUUGAUAUGUUGCAGCUUACCUUACAUGUGGAUUUUUCAACAAGCCUGGAAGUUCUCUUGUGAGGUUAACACCAGGUCCAUUGCAUUAAAUUGCCUCCAGUUUGGUCAUUCCAAAGUGUGUCUGGCAGGGAACACUCUCUCUAUAAAUGGGUCUCUGAGAAAUCACGUUGCUAAGAAUCAGUGUAACUUUUAUUUAAAAACAAACAAAAAAAGUCUUUUUAUGUAUGUAAAUGUAUAUCUUUUUGUGUAUAUUUAUUAGGAUUCCUUGUAUAAAAAGUGCAAUAUUAAUAAUUGUACAUUGUUGUCCAGAUAAAAACUAUUUUGGGGACUUUUUUGUGAUCUCCCUGCAAUUUUGUUCCUCUAAAAUUAGUGGUAAUAGUGUAAUUUUCCUGUUUUUAUUAGCACUUUCAUUUAACUUUGGAUACAUUUCACUGUGUACAGAUUGCUUCAUAAACUAUGACAAUUCGGGGGGAGAGGCUUUUCUACUUGUGAAACUAUAGUUAUGCAUGGAACGAGAAGGACAAAUUCCUUACUAAUAAUUUGGUGGUUGUUUCUAGUACAAUAGCUAAUGAAAAGCAUUGCAGGGAAGUAUUUACAUUUUUUAAUAGCAAAACAUAUUCAGACAAUCCCAUGUUGGAUAUUAGCCGUGUAACUGUGCUUAGGAUAAACACUUGGAGACAAGGUCUGGCAAGGCCACUGUGUCCCUUUCACACCGUAUAAAUAUAAUUUCAGAUGUUUGUCCUAUGAAUUGUGACUUGGCAGCACCCCCAUAAGAUGAUGAGGGUUGCUGAGUAUUCUAGAAGGAGGAUUUCCUCCCCAGAAAACCUGUAUUUAUAUCAUUUUUGUACAGAUAAUGCAGCUUAUUUAUUUAAUUACUUUUGUCUGACUCGUUCUUUAUUAACCUUAAAACAGGAGCUACCAGGGUAGCAGAGCUUUCAAGGUUCUCCAGCCUCCUCCUCUAUCUCCACAGUUGCUCAGGUUUGCAAAGCUAAUCAUCUCCAUGCCGUCGCCAAUGGAUCUCGUAAGUUUCUUGAACAAUCAAAUGCACACUUAGGGGGAAAUCCUGCCUCUGUUUGCACUGGCACACUGAGCCUGAAAAGUAGUGUGGCUAACUCUCCCCAUGUGAGCAUGGGGUGGGCCAUGAGUCAGGAACUACACAGAUUUGCUCACAAACACCCACUGUGCAAGAAGAGGGUAGUAUGUUGCAACCACUAGAAUAGCCUCAAACAACAGCGACUGUAUGGUGGUUGUACAGCUGAGCCAUACCCCAGGUCCAGUUGGGAAGGAGGAUUGUCAUUCCAUGGCAGAUAUUCUGUCCUCCCCAGCCCUACAAAUCCUGAAUAAACAAUGAGCCCGAAUUCAGUACACACAGGUAUGGUGCAUCUGUUUCUGCCCAGCUGUUGAUUUCCACUGGGCUCAGACUGAUAAAAGUGAUAUAGUCGUUAAAUCAAAAUAUUUUUUUAAAAGCAAGCAAAGGUAUUAAUCCUCAGUUAGGAUUAUGUCUGUGCCAAGUUUCAAGUUUCUGCUGGAGCCCUUUUCAAACAAGUGAGGUUGCAGCUCUUUUACAAAGGGAAUAGUGAUUUUGUUCACUCUCCUGUAAUUCAAAACCUGAUCUAGUUUUUCCAAUAGGUGGCUUUUAAUUGUAAGUUUCACAGGAAAUUCCACAUGGAAAAGUUUUUGGUUUAAAAGAGGGGAGGCAACUUGUGACUGGGGGGCGGGUCUAAUCUAAAAUCAGAAUCAAUCAGAGAUUAAUUAAAACCUCAUCCUUAACAGUCACUUCUGAAUUUAUUGGCAGCUGAAUACUGCUCAGCAGUGACAAAAGGAUUCCACAAAAGCCCCUUUACACAAAGACUGAUGUUACCUUGCUCCGUGGACUCUGGUAACAAAGUAGCACAAGGAGCCAUAUUUAAAACAGGGUUGUCAACAGCAGCUUCCCAAAGUCCAGACUUUGUAUAUUAUUUCAUCCACCUGUAAUGGGUGAUUUUAUGAGGGGAGGGACAGGGGUAGCACUAUGUAAAAUGGCUUCACGCUAUUUUGUGGCUAAGAUUGUUUGAGAAUAAAAGAGCCCCCUGAAGCACAGUUGCUAUGGAGAUUGAGAUAAAGACCAUAUCCUGUGACCUGAACUUGGCAGUAGCUGGACAUUUUCUAGAUGUGAAAAGCAACGUUUUAAAACGUUUAAAAUGAUAGUGCCCAUCCUAUAAAAAGGAAAAUAAGGACAACCCGGGGAAUUACAGACAACUCAGUUUAACUUCUGUACCAGGAAAGAUAAUGGAGAAAAUAAUUAAGAAAUCAAUUUGCAAACACCUAGAAGGUAAUGAGGUGAUUGUGACAUUGCAGUCUAUAUGUUUAUGGAAAUAUGUGUAUAAGUGUAAAUAUGAUGUAACUGGAAUAUGCUUUAUACAAAAGGUCUCUUGUAUGGUAUCAUUACAAAGCAUAUAAUCUACUGGGUGUGUUCAUCCUGUUUGUAUGAAUGUAUCAUUCUUGUAUCUGAAAUUAGGAAGAUGAAAUAUAAU